GUUCUGCCAUCAGUGAGAAGCUCUGGUUAUGUGAGACUUAGCAGGACUUUAUAACCCGAAGGUGAAACGUCUUCAAAAGACAGGCACUUGUAGGGCUGAUAAAUACAUUUGUCAUGUCUGUGUGUUGUCUUAUGUGUUGUGUUUUACUCAGUUCCUGUUGGAUUUAGGCCAGGGCUUUUAUGGUUUUAGAAGGUAAAUAGAGGAGCUUUAGUUUAGAUAAGUCUGCUGGUGUCUCAUAUCUGAUGUUACGUUGGCGAGCGACUGGCACGAUCCAGUACAGAAGACUGAUUCAGGAUUUCCAACGGAAUGGUUGGAAUUUUCCUCCGUCUGACUGAUAAGACUCAACAACUGUUCGGCUGGAUGCAGAGGGCAAAUCCGAGGGCAGCAGUAAAGCUGAAGUCUCACAUUUAUCUCACUGUUGAACUGACACAGGAUCAAUCAUCCUAACACAAUAUUUAUUUAAGGCACAGUGAUGUGUGUGAAGGGGAUGAGAGGAGACUCCAACAGAAGCCUAAUGGGAGAAGCAGAAUGUCAUCGUUUAUCGACGGGCUCGUCCGCGGGCAGCCAUGACACGCACUCCAUCUCCAGUACUGAGCGCUCCGAAGACCGUCGGCCCGUCAGUUUGGUGUCUUCAGUCUCCUCCUGUUCUUCUGUAGAGACGAUCAGCAGCCCUCAGAGACCCUCACCAUCAUCAGGUGACAUCGACCUGGAGCUCAGUCCUUCAGAGAGACCCUUAGACCAUUCAGAACUGGAGUGGACCACAUCAGAACCGGUGAUUACAUCAUCAGAGCACUGCAAAGACCCUCCCUCGCCAUUUGCGGCCAGCACCAUGGCACCCAACCCAAAGCUUAGCUAUGUGGAUCGUGUGGUGAUGGAGAUUAUAGAGACGGAGAGAAUGUACGUCAGAGAUCUGCGCAGUAUUGUGGAGGACUAUCUUGUACACGUCAUAGACACGAGGGAUCUGCCCAUCAAGCCAGAACAAGUGUGCUCAUUAUUUGGGAAUAUUGAACAGAUAUACGAGUUCAACAGUGAAUUGUUACACUGUUUAGACACCUGUGCCAAUGAUCCUGUGGCCAUCGCACGCUGCUUUGUAGACAAGAGCGAGUAUUUUGAGAUCUACACGCAGUACUGUACAAACUACCCUAAUUCAGUGGCAGUACUCACAGAUUGUUUAAGGAAUAAAACUCUGGCUAAGUUUUUAAGGGAUCGUCAGGCGUCUCUCAAGCGGUCUCUUCCUCUCGGUUCUUAUCUGCUUAAACCCGUUCAGAGGAUCCUUAAAUAUCACCUGCUGCUUCAGGAAAUAGCCAAACACUUUGACCCUGAUGAAGACGGUUAUGAUGUGGUGAUCGAGGCCAUAGACACCAUGACAGGAGUCGCCUGGUACAUCAAUGACAUGAAGAGAAAACACGAGCACGCUGUCAGAGUUCAGGAGAUUCAAUCUCUGCUCAUCAACUGGAAAGGUCCGGAUCUCACCACCUAUGGCGAGUUGGUUCUGGAGGGAACGUUCCACGUCCACCGAGCCAAGAACGAGAGAACCCUCUUCCUGUUCGAUAAGAUGAUGCUCAUUACCAAGAAACGAGGGGAACAUUAUGUCUACAAGACUCAUAUAUCGUGUUCCACAUUAAUGUUGAUCGAAAGUGCCAAAGACUCUCUGCGCUUCAGUGUGACCCAUUACAAACACCCCAAACAGCCUCAUACGGUUCAGGCCAGAACUGUGGAGGAAAAGAAACUCUGGGCUCAUCACAUAAAGAGACUCAUUCUGGAGAAUCAUCACGCUAUUAUUCCACAGAAAGCCAGAGAUGCUAUACUGGACAUGGAUCCAACAUGUAUGGUAAAGCAUCGCUACAGUCCAGACAAAAUGAAGAAAAUGUCAUCCCGACGGAGUGAUGAUUUCUCUUCAGGUGCUUUGCAGGAACGGAGAAGAUCUGAACCGGGAAAACAGAUCACACGAAGCUCCAAAGGAAGUCUUAAGCAUGCAGACAGUGAAAGUGCUCUAUUAUUGGAGAAAGAUCGCCGUUCACUUCCACCCAAUGCCUUGAGAUCUACACCAGAGCUGAUGAGCGUCGUACCUGAACUGAUGCGGAUCGAUCACGAUCUGGAGUCCAGUACGGGCUCACUGGACGACGCUGAGGAACGAAUUCACGAAGAGGAACCGCAGAACGCAGAUGAUGAUGAUGGGAUUGAAGGAGAGGAAGAGGUUCUGAUGGAGGACGAGCAGGUAGUCGACUUUACCAGUUCAGUUCUGGCUGCUCUCUCAUGUCUGCGGUAUAGGGCCAAGGCUUUGCUUUCACAUCCGAUCACAACGGACACAGAUGGACGUUGUGUUAGUCAAGAGAACAGACCAACAGACAACAGCCAUCAAACAUCUCUUGAAGGAAAAUCUGAGCAGAUCCUGGAUAGUCUGAGUGUUCCUAAGCUGGCAAACUCCUGCAAAAGUGCUGAAUAUAGCUCCUCUGAGGAACACAGAAGUUCACAGAAGAUCCCUGAGGAUCGCAUUUAUCCAGAGACAUGUAGGACAGUAGAUCUAAGAUGCACCACAGAUUUGGAGAUAGACAAUCUCUGCAAUGGAGGACAAGAAGUUGAAGAGGAUUUGGAGAACGGCGUCCAUUUCUUAUCCACACAAGAAGAUGAAAUGAAAGAAAUGACUCCGUCGAACAGACACCUCUUGGAAGACAUUGAGAUGGAUAUUACAGCACAUGAUAGCCUCCAGCCUUCAUCUGUCCUGGAUCAGACCGGUGAUAUCUCACAGCAGCUUACAGACAGAGUCUCUCGCAGGAGCAGUCUAGAAGCAGAUGGGUCUUGUGAGUUGGACCCUUCAUCUCGUUCAGAAAGCCGGAGAAGCAGUUUGUUGAGCUGUAGUACUGAGACCCCCGACAAAGACUUCAGAAGAUCCACUCCAGAACCAGUAAAGGAGACCCCGUUCAAACCAGACCAAAGAAAACCAGAGACUCUUUCCAAAAAAGAUCGAUUGCUCAUACGUAAGAUUAAAAGAUACUACGAACACGCCGAGCAUCAUGAUGCCAGCUUUGCCAUUAAGCGUAGAGAAAGCCUUUCGUACAUUCCUGCAGGCCUCGUCCGUAAUCUUAGUCAACAGCUCAAUGACCGGACGUCAGAUGAAGAUUCGGCAUUACGCAAGAAGGUGACACGGCCAACAUCGUGGGAUGUUUUUAAUCUGCCGGGCUUGGACAGCGAGACUUCCAAAGUGUGCAGCUCUGACUCCAAGACUCAGACUGAAGAUGAAAUUUUUAGGAAAGAUGAGGAAUUCCAGCCUGCAUCUGACAUGGUUGAGGUGUGGCAAGAGAUGGAGGUAAAGACACUCGGAGAACCUCAGGACUCUUUGGAAAGCAUCGAGAAUUCCAUAAUGGCUUCACCUGAUCAGGAGAAGAACGCGGAGAUCAGCAAGACGAGUUCUGAUAGCGGACUUGGUGAACCUUUACUAAUACUGGAAGAAUCUGAUGAAACUUCUACACCUUCCCAAAACAACAGCAGCUUGGAAAAGGACAACAGCCACGAGUUUCAAAUCCAACAAGAGCAUCACAAAAUCAACCACAGUCCUCUUCCCAGAAUCAUCUCCUUGAAGUCUGCCAAUGAACAUGACCUGAUCUUACAAGAUAUGGAGAAGAUGAAAAAGAAAGUUUUCCACCUGGCCAGACAAUACAGUCAGCGGAUCAAAAAUAACAGACCUGUAGUAAAACAGAGACCUAAAAUCUCAGAAAACCUCUUCAUACCCAAUAAUCUCUCUUCUGUCAUGGAGGAGAAACCUUUGGGAAAAGAAAAAGGGUUUCCUGACAGGUGUCUAUCGCUGAAUUUGAACGAGCAGGACCUUAUGCAGGACUCGAAGACCAGUAGUUCAUCCUCCAGUCUCUGUUCUCCAGGCAGUCCUUACUUGUGUAGACUAAACAUCCAGAGAUCACAAAGCCCAGUGCAAAGCGAAAGCUUCAUCUGGCCAGACGUGAAGGAGUUGUGCUCCAAAUAUAACAACCAAGAUCAGAAGAUCACUGUCUCUCAUCUUCUCCCAGUGGGACGUAGUAUCUCCUGUCCAGAACCGGAGAGGUCCAAAGCUUCACGUUCUUCAUCCCCCUGCAGUUUCACAAUGCACAGACCUGCUAACACAGAUUCAACAUCAACGUCUUCCAACAUGAACCUUUGUAAAGUAAACUCUUUUGAAACACAGCACACGUUUGGACAGCAGGAUAGCUGUUAUCACACCGCUCAUCAAACCUCACCCACUGAGAACUUUAUUGUGGUUGAGAAGAUCUGUUUGGUGAAACAAGAAGAAACUGGCAUGGAAAAUGAAAGAGAAGAUGACGGUGAGAGUCGAUUAAGAUGGAAACAAUGUGAACGUGCAAUGAUAAACACCAAAGAACAAGACUUGAUGUUUGCUCUUGAUCCACCCUGCUCGCUGAAAGAAACCGAGAUCGGUCAACUUAGUUUGGUUAAAAACCUGAGGGAAAAAAUUCAGAGUUCUUACACGUGAGGUUUAGUUAGUACAAAGACAAACUAUUUCAAUGUAUAAAGUCAUUUAGUUCCUGUAUUAAAAGGAAAGCACGUCUCAGGCAGGUUGGAGCAUUUUUACAUUUUUAUAAAGCAUGCAUUCAGUUGACCAAACCUGUGGAGAGUAUAUAUUUAUAAACUUGUCAUGUAAAUUUAUGUACAUUGGAAUUUUUGUUACAUUAAUUUGUGUGCUUCUCACCAGAAUAUAAGCAUUUGUUUAAAGGUGUUAGCUGCAGUUUAAACAGAUUACGGUAACUUAUUCUCUUUUAUAUUUUGAUUUGGUUAAUUGUGCAUUUUUCUUUAUUGAUAUGAAAAGCCAGAAGUAAUGAAUUACAAUAAACAAAAUCCUUCAGAUUAUCAGAGGAGCACAGUUAUGAAGUGUGUUUGUUUAAAGAUGUGUCGUCUCUGUAUCUGAACACUGACCGCAGGAAACAACUUCAUCUUAUUAAAGUCAUUUUACACUAAUGAGAAGAAAACUGGAUGAUUAUAAUCAAAUUAAACUGGAUUAUUGAUGGCAGUAGUACAUGUGUGCUGUGUCUCUCUUCAUGUUCACUUGUAGUUUGUUUCAUGUCCAUAUUGAAUGUCUGUAUUUGUGUUAAACUUUAUAGAUUUGAAUGCUAUAAAAGAGGCGUCACUGUGUUCAGGUGAAUAAUCGUUAAUAUUGGGAGUUAUUAUUAUAAGCUAUGUUCUGCAUAUUAUAAUGGGGUGUGUUGAUGUUUAGGCUUAAUGUCACUGUUAUUGUAUAUAUUUAUUCUUAUUUAUUUGACAAGAUGUGAAUAUGCACAGUGCCUCUGUCAGCUAUGACUUUUUGUAAAAAUAAUUUUUGUUUUGUUUCUGUUGUAUAAAACAUGUACAAUAAAAUAUUUUUUUCAAACUAA